UACACGUACCUCUCACCAUCACACUUGAUAACCUAGAGAGAGAAAGAGAGAGAGACUUGUAUAAAAUAUUUAUUAUUAAAUACUGAAAUAUAAUUGUAAGGUUUAAUAUUUGUGUUGUGAGUGUAAGAAAGAAAAUUGAAGAAAAGAGAGAAAGAUGGGGAGAGGAAGAGUGGAACUGAAGAGAAUUGAGAACAAGAUCAACAGACAAGUUACCUUUGCAAAACGAAGAAAUGGUCUUUUGAAAAAAGCUUAUGAGCUUUCUGUUCUUUGUGAUGCCGAGGUUGCUCUUAUUGUCUUCUCCAAUAGAGGAAAACUCUAUGAGUUUUGCAGCACUUCAAGCAUGCUGAAAACUCUUGAGAGGUAUCAGAAAUGCAACUAUGGAGCACCUGAGGGUAAUGUGACAUCAAAGGAGGCUUUGGUAUUGGAAUUAAGCAGUCAACAGGAAUACUUGAAGCUGAAGGCACGUUAUGAGUCUCUACAACGCUCUCAGAGGAACCUUAUGGGAGAAGAUCUUGGCCCUCUAAGCAGCAAAGAUCUUGAAACUCUCGAAAGGCAGCUAGAUUCUUCCUUGAAGCAAAUCAGAUCCACAAGGACCCAAUUCAUGCUGGAUCAGCUGGGAGAUCUUCAACGUAAGGAACACUUGCUAUGUGAGGCUAACAGAGCUCUCAGACAAAGGAUGGAAGGGUAUCAAAUAAAUUCACUCCAACUGAAUCUGAGCGGUGAAGAUAUGGGAUAUGGACAUCAUCAUCAUCAUCAUCAAGGUCAUACACAGGGUGAUGAACUAUUUCAAGUUCAACCAAUUGAGUGUGAACCAACUUUACAAAUUGGAUAUCAUCAGGGUGAUCCAGGAUCAGUGGUGACAGCAGGGCCAAGCAUGAAUAACUAUAUGGGUGGAUGGUUACCAUGAUGAUGAUGAUGAUAAAGCUUUAUAGAUAUAAUACUACUACUAGCAUUUUAUGUUAUUGUAAUGUAAUGGACUUAACUAUAUCAGUGUCUACGUACCAUGUAGGCAGAAUAUAGUAAGGCAGUGUUCUAUUAUGUGUAAGUUUUCAUAAACUGAUCCUCCUAGCUUGCUUUUAUCACUCAUUCUCCUAUUACAUGUUAUAAUAAGAAUAAUAAUAAUUGUUUGUUUGC